AUGUCAUACAACGACGAUCGCCGCGAAUACGACCAGCAGUCUGGCUAUGGUGGUCGUGGAGACGACCGUCGCGAACACGAGCAGGGCGGGUAUGGCGGUGGCGGUGGCCGCCGCGAAGAAUACGGCCGACCCCAGGAAGGCGGCUUUGGUGGGCCUGCUCUAGGUGACGAAGAGAGGAGAGGCGGAGGAGGAGGUUAUGGCUCCUCUGGCGGUUACGGUGGUGGUGGUGAGCGCAGAGAAGAAUAUGGAAGGCCGCAGGAGGGCGGCUACGGUGGUCCAGCGUUGGGUGACGAGAGACGCGAAGACCACGGUGGACGACGACACGAGGGUGGAGGAUACGACAACGACCGCCCCAGCGGAGGCUACUCUGGAGGCGGUGGCUACGGCGACGACAGGCGCCAAGAGUCCCGUCCCAGUGGGGGCUACUCAGGUGGUGACGACUAUAAUGACCGCCCAUCCGGAGGUAGCAGCUAUGGAGGUAACACUGGAGGGUACGGCGGAUCAGGCAGCCACGGAGGUCAACACUCUUCGGGCACAUCCUACGGCGGCGGCGGUGGCUAUGGUGGUGCCUCGGACGAUUUCUCAGGUGCGGCCCAGCAUGCUUCGAGCGAGUCUGGAAACAGCGGCGACAACGACCUGUUUAGCAACGUCCUCGGUAUGCUGUCCGGCAAGAAGGACAAGCUCAAGGAUGAGGAUGUAGAUGAAGACGAUGCAGUCAAGCAGCACGAGAAAUUCUACGGCGGUGGUGGCCACGGCGGUAACGAGCAAGCCAGCUCAAACAACGUCGGCGCUGCUGCGGCUAUGCAAGCCAUGAAGAUGUUCAACAAUGGCAGUAACGAGGAUGCCAAGGGUGGACAGAACAAGUUCAUCGGGAUGGCCAUGGGUCAGGCAGCCCAGCUGUUCGACAAGCAGCAAAGCGAGGGCAAGACUGAUCCGGCUGCUACUAAGCAAGAUGCCAUUGCUCAGGCUGCACAGAUGGCUCUCAAGUUCUAUCUGAAAUCGCAGAUGGGCGGAGGCAGCGGUGGAAGCGGCGGUGGUAACUCUGGAGGCGCUCUCGGUAGCGCGCUCAACAUUGCGAGCAAGUUCAUGAGCAAAUAG